UGGUAGAGGGAGCUGGGUGGUUGGUGGGAGGGGCUCCGGUAAAUGGGUGGGCUCAAUAAAGGGGCGUGGUUUAGCGGGGCUGGUUGGAGGGUCCUCAUGGGACUGAGUGGGAAAUGAGGCUCCAUGGGGAGGUGGGAGGAGCUUAGGGUAAAAGGCGUGGAGUGUGCCCCGGGGUGUUUCUUAGAGGAAGUGGGGUUUAGGAGUGUAAUCUGGGGAGCCUUAGUGGAAAUAGCAAGCGAAAAGAGUUUCAGUUGGUUUUAUCCAAGGUUCCAGGACUUUAUUCUUCAAAGGAGAGUGGGAGGAGCUCACAAGGGAGUGGGAGGGGCUUGUCCAAGAAUAGAAGGGGGAUCCUGGAACAGUGGGAGGGACUAUGAAGGAGUGGGCGGUGCCUGUGCAAGAGUGGGCGGGGCUUAGAGAGGAAUGGGAGUCUGCAAAGAGGGGGUGAGACUUCAAAACACUCAGUGGGAUAGAGGCUACUUGGAAUGAUUAGAAAGAUUGGCAGAUGAGUGGGAGAAGGGUUUGUAGGUAACUGGGUGGGGCUUAAAGAGAGUGGGCGUGGCCUAGGUGGGCGUGGCUUCCAGGGGAUAGUGACUGGCCUGUGAUUCUCAAGAGCCAAUGGGGGAGGACUAAUGGGGAGGUGCCGCCCUCACCUUCGCUCCUUGUCUACCCUGCUCCAGAGAGCCCCCGCCCGCCACUGACCUCACGCCUCACCACCAUGGAUGACGCCCCGCUGCCAGCGCCCCCUGUCCCCGCGCCGGCCCCGGCCCCAGCACCGACGGCUGCCGCCGCCCCACGCGUGCCGUUUCACUGCAGUGAGUGUGGCAAGAGCUUCCGCUACCGCUCGGACCUGCGGCGCCACUUCGCGCGUCACACUGCUCUCAAGCCCCACGCGUGUCCGCGCUGUGGCAAAGGCUUCAAGCACAGCUUCAACCUGGCCAAUCACCUGCGCUCGCACACGGGCGAGCGGCCCUACCGCUGCUCCGCUUGCCCCAAGGGCUUCCGAGACUCCACCGGCCUGUUGCACCACCAGGUCGUCCACACCGGAGAGAAGCCCUACUGCUGCCUGGUCUGCGAGCUGCGCUUCUCCUCGCGCUCCAGCCUGGGCCGCCACCUCAAGCGCCAGCACCGCGGGGUGCUCCCGUCGCCCCUGCAGCCCGGCCCGGGCCUGCCCGCCCUGAGCCCGUCCUGCUCCGUGUGCUGCAACGUGGGGCCCUGCUCCGUGUGCGGAGGUGCGGGGGCUGGCGGGGGCGAGGCCCCGGAGGGGGUGGGCCCGGGCAGCUGGGGGUUGGCGGAGGCGGCGGCGGCCGCGGCGGCCUCGCUGCCCCCGUUCGCGUGCGGCGCCUGCGCCAGGCGCUUCGACCACGGCCGGGAGCUGGCGGCCCAUUGGGCCGCGCACACCGACGUGAAGCCCUUCAAGUGCCCGCGCUGCGAGCGCGACUUCAACGCCCCGGCGCUGCUGGAGCGGCACAAGCUGACGCACGACCUGCAGGGCCCGGGCGCGCCCCCCGCGCAGGCCUGGGCCGCGGGGGCAGGUUCGGGGCCCGAGACCCCCGGCGAGGGCGGCGCCGAGGAGGCGGGGGACGCCGGGCCGGCCUGGGACGGCGGGCUGCUCCUGGGCCGCGUGGGGGGCGGUGUGCCCGAGCUGGGGGGGCUGCUCCCCGGGGGCGGCGGGGAGGCGCCCCCACCGGCGGCCGCGGCGGAGCCCUCGGAGGACACCCUGUACCAGUGCGACUGCGGGACCUUCUUCGCCUCGGCCGCGGCGCUGGCCAGCCACCUGGAGGCGCACUCGGGGCCGGCCACCUACGGCUGCGGCCACUGCGGGGCGCUGUACGCGGCCCUGGCGGCCCUGGAAGAGCACCGACGGGUCAGCCACGGCGAGGGCGGCGGGGCGGAGGCGGCCGCGGCGGCCUCCGAGGGGGAGCCCGCGGCCGGGGAGCCCGCGGCCAGCUCGGGCCGCAGCAAGAAGAUCUUCGGCUGCUCCGAGUGCGAGAAGCUCUUCCGCUCCCCGCGGGACCUGGAGCGGCACGUGCUGGUGCACACGGGCGAGAAGCCGUUCCCGUGCCUCGAGUGCGGCAAGUUCUUCCGCCACGAGUGCUACCUCAAGCGCCACCGGCUGCUGCACGGCACCGAGCGGCCCUUCCCCUGCCACAUCUGCGGCAAGGGCUUCAUCACGCUCAGCAACCUCUCCCGGCACCUGAAGCUGCACCGCGGCAUGGACUGACCACGCCCCGCCGCCUGCGGCUGGACUCGGGGCCCCAGGGGGCCGCCCAAACCCAGACAGGGGGCCGCCCAAACCCAGACAGGGGCCCUGAGAUGAGGGGGCCCUGGCUGGAGAGAUGGAGCCACCAGAAACCCAUAUAGGCCCUGAGCUGGGCACCCCCAAAUCAAUGGGCCCCUACGCUGGGGAGACCAAGAAAUGGGCCUCUACAAGUCUAGUCACUCGAGGGCCCUAAUAAAAGACGGGCACCCCUCCCCAAGGGAAGCCUGCCCCCUCCCUGAGAGCCAUCAUUCCCAGCGACCUUGGUCUGGAGAGUGUAGGGGGACCAUGCCCCCGAAUCUCCCUGGAUCCCUCCAAAUGCACCCCCACAAUCACUGGUGCCCCUAGGUGAUGGAUAGAGCCAGAAUCUGCCUUCCCCCGUUGCAUUCCCUGUGCGGAAGGAGGACCAGGGUAGAUCCCCCUGCCCUCAGCCCACUCCCCAGUCAGGCCGCCCCCCCCUACUGCGGAAUGGGCCAACCCUAGUGAUCUCCCCACCCCCAAACACUAGACUAGGCUGGUUGGGCAUCCCCCCGCCCAGUAGGAUGGACUGGUCCAGAUGCGCAGCCUCCUGUCCACUGGAAUGGGCUGGCCCUGCUGUGGCCUGCACCACACCCUCUUCACAGCGGACACGGCAGACACGCCCCUCCUCUUCUGCGUCAUUCCGACCUGCGAGCUCACCUGAGCGGGAGCUGGCGGACACUGGGUCUCCUCCCACUCUGUCCUAGCACCUGUUGGUCUUCCCCUCUCUGUCGGUUUGUCUGUCUCUGUGUUCCUCCCAACCCCAAGGGAAAGGGGGGGCUGGCUAGGGGGUUCUCCCCAUGAGCCUGGACCUCACCCCCUCAUCCCAGUCCCCCGUGUCUCCCAAGACCCCAAUAAACCUCAUCCUGUCGGUCA